AUGCAUCUAUCUAUUUAUCUAUGUCAGCAUGUUCAUUAUCUAUUAUAUAUCUAUGCUAUGUUCAUUAUCUAUCUAUCUAUCUAUCUAUCUAUCUAUCUCAACAUGUUCAUAUCUAUCUAUCUAUCUAUCUAUCUAUCUAUCUAUCUAUCUAUCUAUCUAUCUAUCUAUGUCAACAUGUUCACUAUCUAUCUUUGUCAACAUGUUCAUAUCUAUCUAUCUAUCUAUCUAUCUAUCUAUCUAUCUAUCUAUCUAUCUAUGUCAGCAUGUUCACUACCUAUCUAUCUAUGUCAACAUGUUCAUAUCUAUCUAUCUAUCUAUCUAUCUAUCUAUCUAUCUAUGUCAGCAUGUUCACUACCUAUCUUUGUCAACAUGUUCAUAUCUAUCUAUCUAUCUAUUUAUCUAUCUAUCUAUCUAUCUAUCUAUCUCAACAUGUUCAUAUCCUUAUAUCUAUGUCAGCAUGUUUACUAUCUAUCUAUCUAUCUAUCUAUCUAUCUAUCUAUCUAUCUAUCUAUCUGUUGUGGAUUCCCAUGUUCACUAUCUAUCUAUCUAUUUAUCUAUCUUAGCAUGUCCACUAUCUAUCUAUCUAUCUUAGCAUGUUCACUAUCUAUCUAUCUAUCUAUCUAUCUAUCUAUCUUAGCAUCAUGUCCACUAUCUAUCUAUCUAUCUAUCUAUCUUAGCAUGUCCACUAUCUAUCUAUCUAUCUAUCUAUCUAUCUAUCUAUCUAUCUAUGUCAUCAUGUUCAUAUCUAUCUGUAUAUAUAUGUCAGCAUGUUUACUAUCUAUCUAUAUAUCUAUCUCGCGACAGGUACAAUUAGAAACGGAUCGACCAAUCUAUACUUGGAGACGAAAUCACAUUUCAUUCAUUUUUUUUCCCUAUUUUUCUUUUUUCUUUCAUCCUUUUUCUCUCUCUUUUCUAGUAAUGGUUCUUUGA